CUCAGCUCUGACAGCUUCACUCCAUCAGUGUUCAACUUUCACGAAAGUUUAAAGAAAUAUAAAAUGGAUCUUAAAACACAACCGAGGGACAAACUUUCAAUGCCCUCGGAUCCGAAAUUGGAGCGCAUUUUCACCCUGGAAAAUAUCUCGGAAAGUGAGUUGAUCCUGAACGCUCAUGCGGUGCCCAGCAGCAGGAUUUUUACCAGCUGUACCAGUGUGGGUCAAUCGUUGAACGGAAAUCAAAAAGGAAAUGGCUUCCCGAAUACCAAACAUGAAAAUCCUUCGAAGGAGGUGGCAGAAAAAUUGUCCCAGCUGAAAACCCAGGUGGCUAAUUUGAUAGACCAGACCAUUGAUCAAAUCCAGUCGGAACAGAAGCUGGCGACCUUGUCUCAAUCCCAAUCCCAAAUGGUGGAAUCUUCCUCCUUCAAAGAUGGUUUGCCGCCGCAAAAUGGAGGGGGUGAUGGGGAAUUGUACUAUCAACAACCAAAGGAGGAUCAGCCAAUGGAUCAUCGAGCUAAAAAUGUGCAGCUUCUUCAAUCGGAGUCGUUUGCUCAAAGUAAAACGGAAUUGCGCAAGAAGCUGUACUCGGAAAUUGAAACAGUGCUGGAGCGAUUGAAAGAUUUAGAAAAGCUGUAA